UUAUGCAACCGCCGACGCAUCCGCCUCCGAAAGAAACGCAACCUCUGUUACGCAACCGCUAUUUGCGAUAAGUAGCCCUACGAAUAGUAGUAAAGAUGGGAAUGCUGCAUUUGAAGGGGGAGGGCAGUUGGGUUUAAAUAACAAUCCGCCGGAGCCAACUCCCCCGGCUGAGUCAACUUGGUCGGUGCAGAUGAAUCAGAUAGGUUUAGUUGGGCCGAGUCAGAUUAAUCAAUCAGGACUAGUUGGUUCGAGCCACAUUAGUCAGCCAGAGCCUACAUGGACAAGCCACGUUAAUCGGCCGGACCCUACCCAGGCGAGCCAGGUUAAUCUGCCUGAGCCUAUGCCAACUAGCCAGGUUAAUCAGGUAGGAAUUGCUAGCUCGAGUGAAUUUAAUCGGACCGAGCCGAUUCAGAGAGUUGAAAUUAAGCAGAAACCACGUCCUUCUCCUCCUCCUCCAGCAGCAGAGCAUACUCGAACAGAGUCCAAUGGUUUGACUGGGAGGACUGAUUCGACUCGGCCUAGUCAAGCCACUGAGUCACAGGGACCGACUUUCUGGACAGCUUGUCCGUACUGUUACAUUCUCUAUGAGUAUCCUAAAAUGUACGAGGAUUGUACACUAAGGUGUCAAGCUAAGAAUUGCCGGCGAGCUUUCCAUGCAGUUGUGAUACAGCCGCCGCCAGUGAACGGAAAUGUUACCCAUUUCUGCUGUAUGGGGUUUUUUCCAUUAGGGUUUUCGGGAAAAGAUAAGAAUAAGGGCAGCAAGUUUCCCAGUUGGUCCCCUAUUUCCAACAUGUUUGCUUGUCCCAUGGACGAUGUCACUGGAAAACAAAAGUCUGCUCCAAGAGUGUAUUACGAAGAUUAUGAUUCAUAUGUAGAGAUUUUUGAUUCGAGUGGACCUUCGGAGGAUGACUACGAUGACGAUGAAUGGCAGAAAUAUGAGAGGAAGAAGAAGAAGGCAAAUAAUGCCAAAGGGAAAGGAUCUGCUGGGAGAAAACCUAAGAAAGCACCGAGUGCGACAGUGGAUAAGGGGAGCAAUCAGCAAGUUAGUGCGACUCACAGUGCAAAGUUGAAUGGUGUUCCGAUGGCAAUUGCGGGUCGGCUAACUGCUGAAUCGAGCAGCCAGAGUGUAACGAAUAGUGGGAGGAAGCAGAUGGUGAAAGGAGCAAAGAGUCUGGGGAAGUUGGAUUUGAAUGUGGAGUUUAGCAAUGAAGGAGAAGAGCCGGUGGCGAGGAGGAGCGAGGGGAACCGUGCUAGAACCGGGGAAGAGGAUAACAUUGAAGGGAAUGGGUUUUUUGAGGGUCUUGAUGAGUUCUUAAGUAGCUUGCCUAUACUCUCCAAUGUUGGGGACGAAAAAGUUAAGGCUACUUAGUGAAGUAAGAUCCUUGUUUCCUUUUUGUAGCAGCUGUAGUUGUUCUAAAUCUAGUUGUAUGCUUGUAGUAUCUAAUCAUGUUGGAGGAACUCAGGAUCUCCUUUCAUAGCCUUUUCAGGGAUGCAGUUAACUGUAUAUUUGGUAUCAUCGUAUGUUGUCGUCAUUUUUAUUGUUCCGAGCUGCCUGUUUAUUCCUAGUGAAUUUUCCUGUUUGGGAGGACAGGUUAGGAAGUUCGGUACAUAACCAUGAGACAUUUCGGGUUGAGGAUCGAAUAUCUGCCAAUCAUAAUUCUUGCAAGUUUCCCUCUUUU